AGUUUCGUUAGGUGAGCAAAGGAAGGAUCGGAUAUUAUUGUGAUAAUCUUGAUCUUAUCCUACGUAGUAAAGGUAGUUUCCUCAAACAACCACAACACUUUAAAACAAGAAGACAUUAAUCCUAUCCAAAAUCCAUUUUUCAUGACUAAAAAAUUCAGCUAAGAAAAGGCAGGCACAGACUCAAUCAAUGGCCAAGCAAAAGGAAGCAGUGUGUGUGACUGGAGCCAACGGGUUCAUUGGCUCAUGGCUGGUUCGUACCUUAUUAGACCAAGGCUACACCAAAAUCCACGCCUCUAUAUACCCAGGCUCUGACCCAUCUCAUCUCUUCGAAAUCCCCGGUGCCACCGAUGCUAGCGUAAGUCUGGAGGUUUUCGAAGCCGACGUGCUUGACCACGACGCCAUUUGUAAGGCCGUGGAAGGCUGCCAAGGGGUUUUCCACGUUGCAUCUCCCUGUACUCUAGAGGACCCAAAGGACCCACAAGAGGAACUUGUGAUGCCUGCGGUGCAAGGCACUCUUAAUGUUCUUGAGGCUGCUAAGAAGUUCAAGGUUAGGCGCGUGGUUGUGACGUCCUCUAUAUCGGCUUUGGUUCCUAAUCCGUCGUGGCCGAGGGAGAAGGUGUUUGAUGAGUCGUCCUGGACUGAUCUUGAUUACUGCAAGUCUCGCCAGAAAUGGUAUCCGGUGUCAAAGACACUGGCAGAGAAAGCAGCAUGGGAGUUUGCAGGGAGGAAUGGAAUGGAUGUGGUGGCAAUCCAUCCUGCGACGUGCCUUGGCCCUCUCUUGCAGCCUGCAUUGAACGCUAGCUGUGCUGUGUUACAGCAACUGUUGCAAGGAUCAAGAGACACUCAGGAAUACCACUGGCUGGGAGCUGUGCAUGUAAGAGAUGUGGCAAGGGCACAGGUUUUGUUAUUUGAGACCCCUACUGCUUCUGGUAGAUAUCUUUGCACCAAUGGAAUCUACCAGUUUGGUGAUUUUGCUGCGACGGUUUCCAGACUCUUCCCCGAGUUUCCUCUUCACAGGUUUAGUGGGGAAACUCAACCAGGUCUGAGAGGUUGCAAGGAUGCAUCCAAGAAAUUAAUUGACCUCGGGCUAGUCUUCACUCCAGUUGAAGAUGCUGUACGAGAAACGGUGGAAAGUCUGAAAGCUAAAGGCUUCCUCAGGAAUGAAAUGUCUCAAUCUUAGUUUGCUUUUAGAGCUAAAAUUGAUGUUCACUGUUUCAUGAUUUGUCACUGAUAAGACAGGAAGAUCUUCAUUAAUAAUUUAAUAACCUCCUUUUGGUCA